CGGCAGGGGCGGGGCGGGCGAGCCGGCGGGGAGGACGCGGAGCAUGACCUCCAGCGAGGCUGCCUGAGCGCCGGCCGCACCCCCGACCCGGCCCGCCAGGCCCGGCAUGGACGACCGCGGCGCCCCGCACGCCCCGCACGCCCCGGGGGCCCCCGCCGCCGCCGCCGCCGCCGCCGCCGCCGCCGCGCUGCACAACGGCCUCCGCCCGCCGGCCCGGCGCGACUCGGCCGCCGAGAAGAGCCGCCUGCGGAGACGGAGACGCCCGGACUCGGGGCCCAGGCUCAGGCCGCCGUUCCCCUGGUUCGGCAUGGACAUCGGCGGGACCUUGGUGAAGCUGGUCUACUUCGAGCCCACGGACAUCACAGCGCAGGAGGAGCAGGAGGAGGUGGAGAGCCUGCAGAGCAUCCGCAGGUACCUGACCUCCAACACCGCCUACGGGAAGACGGGCAUCCGGGACGUGCACCUGGAGCUGAGGAACCUGAGCCUGUGUGGGCGCACGGGCACCCUGCACUUCAUCCGCUUCCCCAGCUGCGCCCUGCACAAGUUCAUCCAGAUGGGCAGCGACAAGAACUUCUCCAGCCUGCACACCGCCCUCUGUGCCACGGGGGGUGGCGCCUUCAAGUUUGAAGAGGACUUCAGAACGAUUGCCGACCUGCAGCUCCACAAGCUGGACGAGCUGGACUGUCUGAUUCAGGGCCUGCUCUACAUCGACUCCCUCGGAUUCAACGGCAAGCCGGAAUGCUACUAUUUUGAGAACCCCACGAAUCCAGAAUUAUGUCAGAAAAAGCCCUGCUGCCUCGAUAACCCGUACCCCAUGCUGCUGGUGAACAUGGGCUCAGGCGUCAGCAUUCUUGCCGUGUACUCCAAGGACAACUACAAGAGAGUCACAGGGACCAGUCUUGGAGGCGGAACAUUCCUAGGCCUAUGCUGCCUGCUGACCGGCUGUGAGACUUUUGAAGAGGCUCUGGAGAUGGCCGCCAAAGGCGACAGCACCAAUGUUGAUAAGCUGGUGAAGGACAUAUACGGAGGAGACUAUGAGCGCUUUGGCCUGCAAGGAUGUGCGGUGGCAUCCAGCUUUGGCAGCAUGCUGAGUAAGGACAAGCGAGAUUCCGUCAGCAAGGAGGACCUCGCCCGGGCCACCCUGGUCACCAUCACCAACAACAUCGGCUCCAUCGCCCGCAUGUGCGCGCUCAACGAGAAUAUUGACAGAGUUGUGUUUGUCGGGAACUUUCUCCGAAUCAAUAUGGUCUCCAUGAAGCUGCUGGCAUAUGCCAUGGACUUUUGGUCCAAAGGACAGCUAAAAGCUCUGUUUUUGGAGCACGAGGGUUAUUUUGGAGCUGUCGGGGCACUGCUGGAGCUGUUCAAAAUGAACGAAGACCAGUAGAGAGGAGCCGGCACCACAGCCUCCUGGUGAGACUGCAUCUUGCCGGACCUAAUAUUUGGCCACAUUAAGUCAGGAAGUUUUGUGAUAAAGGCAUCUUCACCCGCACAACAUGUCUGACUGGGAGCACAGCCUCCUGCAGGGCGUUGGGACAGUCUGGAGACUGGCUGCUCAGGCGGGUGCAGGCGUGACCCUGUCUGCCUGUGCAGGUGUGUCUAGGGCUGCAAGAAGAGCACAUCUUGACGGCCUCUUCUCAUCUGAAGUAUUUUAGACUGAAGACUGAAUUUCAAUCCCAGUUUCUAAAAUUAACAGCAAUUAGGAUACAGACUCCUCGUUCUUUUCUUUUUGUGACGUAUCAUUGGAACUGAUGGUGACUUUCAAAUGUGAGCCUUGUGAACGAGAGACGCAUCGGGUGUCAUGUCAGAGCUACUGAGCAGUCAGCAGGGGUUUCUGCAGGGCAGUGUUGUUACCCCGUGAGAAACCUCGCCUUCUCGGCCUUCCCAGCACCAUUUUUUAGUUUCCUCGUCUUCGGGUCUUGAAGAAGUGGAUGUUAAUUGAAUAUUCACUUGUCUGAUUGAAAUAAAGACUUUUUCUGUUGUGA